AUGAAAGCUCAUCGCAUCGCAUUGAUCUAUCAGUAUAUACCUAUGUACCAUUGGAAUAAAGAGUUGAGUAACUUUGAAGGAGUGAGCACAUCGUCACUUUGUGGGAAUAGUCUACACAUCAGCUAUAGAUAUAUACCGAAACAUUGCAUAUCGUUGAUUACAAAGUUCGAUAAGAAUAAAGAGACAGUUACAAUGGUAAAAAGUUUGAAGUCUAAUCCUACAAGACAAGCCAAGAAGGACCAACCAAAGGCUUCUAAGAAGCAAGUUAAGGAGACAAAGGCUUUAGAGAGUGAAGAUCUAGAAGCUGUCUCCGAAAGCGACGAAUCUGACAUUGAAGGGUUCCAAAGCGCUAGCGAAAAUGAGGCUAGUAGUGAUGCUGGGUCUAGUGAAGAGGAAGAAGAGGAAGAAGAACAAGAUGAAGAAGAAGGUGAACUUGGUGAAAUUGAAUUGAAACAAGGUAGCCAUACUAUCAAGAAGCUAGAUCCAAAGAAGCAAAGUGAAAAUGACAAAGCCAAGGCUAAGGAAGAUAAGUCUUCUGAUUUAUCAGGAAUCUUGUACAUCUCUAGACUACCCCAAGGGUUCAAAGAACGUGAGCUAUCCAAAUACUUCUCCCAGUUUGGUGAUUUGAAACAAGUUAGACUAGCAAGAAAUAAGAAGACCGGAAAUUCAAGACAUUACGCUUUCUUAGAGUAUAUUAACAAGGAUGAUGCUGUUGUUGCACAAGAAAGUAUGAACAACUAUUUGCUUAUGGGCCAUCUGCUCAAGGUCAAAGUCUUGCCUAAUGGAAGCUCGAUUGAUAAGCUAUUCAGGUACAAGAAGAAACCAUUUGUGACUAGUAAAGUUACAAAAUCUUCCGCUCAAUUAAAGAAAACUGCUGAUGAAAAGCAUGAAGAAAGAAUUGCCAAACUAAAGGAUGCUGGUAUUGACUUUAAAUGGUAA